GGGAUACACAGGCAAUCCCCAUUCUGGCCACGGCCAAUAUACACACUCCUAACCCGCCAGUGGAACUCCAUCUAAGGAACGACCACACUCCUAGUCUGCCUCCACAGACCAACAAGCACACAACCCAUCCGACAUGGCUGACCAACUAACAGAGGAGCAGAUUGCAGAGUUCAAGGAGGCUUUCUCCUUAUUCGACAAGGAUGGCGACGGCACCAUCACCACCAAAGAGCUCGGCACAGUCAUGAGGUCGCUGGGCCAGAACCCCACAGAGGCCGAACUUCAGGACAUGAUCAAUGAGGUGGACGCUGACGCUCCCUCAUCUCCAUCUCCCUCUCUACCACCCACUCACUCCCUCCCUCUUUCUUUUUUCUCUUUCCCUCCCACCAUUUUCACUCUCUUCCUCCCUAUCUUCAUCCCUCCUUGCUUACAUCCCUUCGUCCUCCACCGCAGCAGCUGGCUUGAGGUGCAGUUGAGCAGAUAUCGCUCGAGGGCUGCCCUGCUUCUCUCGUCAUUGUUCCCCUUCGGAUGAUGGUUUUCCAGUUGCAGUCCUGCCCUUCUCCAAGACUGGGACAACCCCCCGCCUCAGCUUCCCUCUCAACCCCCAGUGGCAGCAUGUGUUCCCUCGGUGCUGCUGACUGUCUAUGUGUGUUAGAUAACAGGUCCUUAGAUUGUUACCCCGGGCUAUGAGAUCACCAUCUGCCCCAUCACAUUACUGCAUCCCUUUUUCGUUCCACUCACACAUCCAUUCUCGCUCUCUGUUCUCAUGCUCUCUAUCUCGCACUGUGAGGCGUAGGCCGUCAUUGGUUAAUCUGCGUACAAUCCCUCCGCCCCCAUCCGUCCCACCCCAGGGCUAAUCCUCCCAGGUGCUUUGCCCUUGGUGUCCCUGACCUUCUCUGCAAUCCCCUGACAAUUUUCUUUGUCACUUUUUUAAUUAUAAUCGCCACCACACUUACUCCUAACAUCUCCACAUACAUAAAAGCAAUGCUUACCCCCACCAUUAGAUUCAACACCAACCCUCCUGGUUGCAGUUUGUGAGCUGCUGAGUUCCUCAUAGAUCCUUAUUCUGUCAAGAGGGUCUGAUUCCCUGGUAAUCUCGUCUGGACAACCGUAAGACGGAUACUGAUCCGGUUGCACGCGUACAUGCCACCACAGUAGCUGCUGCUAGCACCACCAAGACACCAUCAGAAUGUAUGCGGGAAAGAGGGACAAAUAAAAAGGAUUUAAGGUUGGAUAAAAGUGGACAUAAGGGAGGGAGCUCCCCUCCUCCCUUCCCCUCCAGCAAGCGGCACCAGGAGAGAUGAGCCUGUGAUUUAUCCUGGCUCCUUGAAGGCUAAGCUGCACAGUAUACUAUAUGUCUACAUUAUGGAUGACUGGCCAUGGCUCCCCCCUGCAAUUCUGCUGAGCUGUGUAUAACAUAUGCAACAUCUUCCCAGGACUUCCCUGAGGAAAAAAGGGAAGCACCCCCCCCCCCCUCCCCUCAGCCCGCGGUAGCCGUGGAAGGAAGGUGUAUACGAAAAUGAUCUUGGGGCUGCUCCCCUCUCUGGAACAGUCACUGCGAGUUACGCCUCUGGAGAGAAGUUAUAGCCCAAACAAUAAUGCCAUAAACAAGUGUCAUACACAGGGACAUGAAAAGAGGCGCGGAGGACUAAAUGAGUAUUAAGUCCUCUCUGUCAGUUGCUUUUCAUCAGCUAAAUGCCGGGUCACAUUAUCUCUACUUAUCCCAGUUUGCUUUUAAGUAAUUGGAAUUUUUGCUGAUUAAAUGUGCCUUAUUUCUCACCCA